GCAUGCAGUGUGUUUGUGUUUUGUAGUGUUGAAUUUGUUGUUAAUGGCUUUGUCAUACUAGUAUAUGUGGCAGCCAUGACAUGUCUGAAACAGCCUUAUUAGCCUCAUCUAUCUCUUAAUGAGAUUAUGUAGUGCCUGUUAGGAGUAAGAAGAGAAGUGGAGAGCAAGAAAUCACAGUAAAUGUCAUGGCCUGUGAAGACCAGCAAGUGCUGAACAACAUCCAAACAGAGGAUGACUCUGAGGAAGGGCCUAAACAUGAGGACCAAAUUUCUCUAGAAGAGUCAUUUAUUGAGAGGCUGGGUCCUAACAGUGUUGAUAUGACAGAGGAGGAACUGGAGGCUGCUUUCUCUCGGCUGUCUCUGGCCUUUCACUGUGACCAGUUCACGCUGUGUCAAAGGCUGGAGACAGAGGAACACGCUCGGGACAAUGCUGAGGAAAACCUCAAACUGGAAGUGGAAAGAAGCAUGGAAGUGAUUGAGACACUCAAGGGAAUGUGUUUAGAUAUCAAACGGGCCAGGCUCCUUCAGCGUCUUGAGCUGUGUCUUAACAUUAUCGGGGGCACCAUCGGACGAAUCUCCAACACAGCAGAGGUUCUUGGGGCAGUGCAUCAGGAGGCUAAAGUGAGCCAUGCAGUGGAACUGAUGGUGGCUCAUGUGGAGAACCUGAAGAGCCGCCACAAGAGGAACAGUGCUGUAUUGGAGGAAAUGAAGAAACAGAUGGAGAAAAGCAGCAGAGAGCGACAUUUCUGUGAGCAAAGGGAGGAAAUUGACUCUAUUGAAAAGCUGGAAAAAGACCCACAGAAGCCACAGUUACGGCGUAGAAUCAGUACAAAUGUCAUCGCAAAGCAAACCCAGAGACAAAAAGUAAAGGAGUCAGAAGCUAUAUUAUCUUCAGUGACCAAUGAGAUCAGUGACAGAGAGAGAGAAUCAAACACAAAGAAACCAGACCACACAGAAGACUGCCUUCUAAUGGACAGAGGGCAAGUAGUACCUCGAGAGGACAGUCCCUCACAAACUGCCAUGGUGAAUAGUCCUGAGGAGACAUCCUCUGCCCAAAUUCUUCCCAGCCAGACUCUGAGACUUGAGCCGGACCCUGUCUAUGUAAAAAAUCAAAAGAGAAACACAAGUUCACUGCCAGUGUUACCUCAUCAAAGACUGAAGAGCAAGGCAGCGCUGGACCACAGUCAUGCCUGGCUCAAGAGAUCCGAGCGCUACUUCAGAGACUGUGAUAGAUGUGUCAUCAGCUUACAGCGCCCCCUGAUGCAAUGGAUGUAUCACUGCCGCUGGAUAAUCCUGGUCAUCUACCUCACUGUUCUUUGCUCAAUCAUAAUAUUAGCCAUUUUAGUGUGGCUGCUACAAACACCUGUCUUAUGGAUGUGAAAAAUUCUAAUAAAUAUCCAUAGAAAUUAAAAUGGAAUGAAUCUGUUAAAAGUACUAUUGAUAGCUUUUGGUUACCGUUUGGUAGUUUUAACUUUGUUUUAGGGGAAACUGUUUCAUGUAUAGCUUGCAAAU